GGUUCAGGGGGGGUUUGGACCUGUGCUUGGUGACAUCCUGGGAGCUGUCUGAGGACCUGGACCUGGUCACUGCCACCAGACCUGCUCUGCUCCUCUUGGUUGGAUCCCUUGGGGCUCUGCUGCUUGUGCCCCAGCUGAACUUCCAGCAACCAUGAAGCUGCUUUUGAUCUUCAGCGCCCUCAUCGGGGCUUCCCUGUGCCUGGAGACCUUCGUGGGGCACCAGGUUCUCCGAAUCAAGACCAAAAAUGAGGAGGAGGUGAAGCAGCUGCAGCUCCUGGAAUCGCUGGAACACCUGGAGCUGGAUUUCUGGAUCAGCCCCUCUGCCCCUGCCCUGCCUGUGGAUGUGAGGAUUCCUGCUGCCAGUGUCCAGUCAGUGAAAGCCUUCCUGGAGUCCCAGGGCAUUGAGUAUUCCAUCCUGAUCGAGGACCUGCAGGAUGUUCUGGAUAAAGAAAAGCAGGACAUGGCUGAGAGUGCCCAAAGGCAGCGUGGCACCGGCUUCGACUUCGGUGCUUACCACACUCUGGAUGAUAUUAAUGAAGAGCUGGACCACCUUGCAUCCGAGUACGGCUUCGUGGAAAAGAUCCAGAUCGGGGAAUCCUACGAGAAGCGACCUCUGUACGUCCUGAAGUUCAGCACCGGAGGCUCCCGCCGCCCGGCCAUCUGGCUCGACGCCGGCAUCCACUCCCGCGAGUGGGUGACCCAGGCCAGCGCCCUGUGGAUCGCCAACAAGAUUGCCACUGGCUAUGGAACAGAUGAUUCCAUCACCUCCCUCCUGGACAAGAUGGAUCUUUUCCUGCUGCCAGUCGCCAACCCUGAUGGAUUUGUGUACACUCACACCACGAAUCGCAUGUGGAGGAAAACCCGCUCCAAGAUUCCCGGCAGCGUCUGCGUCGGAGUCGAUCCCAACAGGAACUGGGAUGCAGGUUUUGGAGGUCCUGGAGCCAGUAACAACCCCUGCUCCGAGUCCUACCACGGGCCCAGCGCCAACUCUGAGGUGGAAGUGAAAUCUGUCGUUGACUUCAUCAAGAAUCAUGGAAACUUCAAGGCCUUCCUGACCCUCCACAGUUACUCCCAGCUCCUGAUGUAUCCCUAUGGAUACAAAUGCACCAGGCCAGAUGAUUAUGCUGAGCUGGAAUCUCUGGGAAGAGCUGCCGCCAGUUCCAUCCGCUCCCUCUACGGCACCACCUUCCAAGUGGGCACCAUUUGCAAAACCAUCUACCAAGCCAGUGGAGGCAGCAUUGACUGGAGCUAUGACAAUGGCAUCAAAUACUCCUUUGCCUUCGAGCUGCGGGACACGGGGCGCUACGGCUUCCUGCUGCCUGCCAACCAGAUCCUGCCUGCAGCCAAGGAGACCUGGCUGGGGCUCCAGAGGAUCAUGGAGCACGUCAGGGACAAGUCCUCCUGAGAGCUGGGCUGCAAUCUCUGCUGCAGCAUCUUCUUGAAUCCUCCCUGCUGGCUGCAGUGAUGGGAAUGGCUGAAUAAACCCCCUGUGC